AUGUGUAGUUCAGAAGUUCGUCAUCGGCGUGCGAGGAUUUUUGAAUGCGAAUGGAGGCAAUAUCUCGCGGCCGGGCUCGCGUUCCGAGUCGGGGGCGUGCCGCGGCGCACAGAUAUGGAUUUAAGAUUAACGAGGGCACGGCGCGGGGCGAGGGGGGCGGGCGCGGUGUUUACAUGCGGGUGCAGGCGGCGGCGUGCAGCGGGCGGCGCGGAUCGAUGCUGGGCGGGGCGCGGCGGGGGGGCGCGGGGGUGUGCGCGGGGCGGGGCGAGCCGCCGGCCGCCAGUCCGCCUCGGGGCCGCGUCCGCGCGGUCGUCGCCUGAAAGUGGUCGUGCGGCGGCCGGAGUGUCUCCGCGUGCGCCCGGCGGCGGCGGCGAGCCUCGCGCCGCCCGCCUCGCCCGCCUCGAUGCCGCGCGCAGCCGCAGCGUGCCGCCGCACCGCGCCCCCCGCCCCGCGGCCACGCGCCGCGCGCGCAACCACAGCGCCAGCGCCGCCGACAAGGCGCCACCCCCCGCGCGCCCCCCGUCCGCCCCGCGCCUCCGGCCCGUCUUCCUCUGGGCGCGCCAACUGGACGGCACCGUGCAAGAGGUCCGCUGCGAGGACUACGACCCGCGCAACCGCAUCCGAAUAGCGCGCACCGCCAACGGCUGGCGCGUCAUCCCGCGCACCGAGAUCUACAACUCUAUUCGCGUGCCGCCGCCGCCGCCGCCACCGCCGCCGGCGCGCGAACGCCGCGACCGGCGCGGGCGCCGUCGCUACGCCCGUUCGCGCCGGCGCGCUCGCUCUCCCACCGCCGCCGCCGCUGCCGCCACGUGGCAGCUCUCCCCAGACCUGGAGACGCACAUCCCAUCGCACACGAUCGCGGUGUCUCGCGCGCAGCCGCCGCCGCCGACGCCGCUCGACAACCUCCUAGCGGUAGCCGAGCUUGAGUUCAACCAACAGCGCGAGGAGCGCCUCCUUGAGCUGGACGGCUUCUUACCCCCCGAGGAGGUCGCGCGCGACGUCAUGUCGUUCGAGCUCGGCGAGCCGAAACCGCCCGAGGAGAUGUUCUACGAACGCAAGAUGCCCGCGCCCGGCGAGCGUGCUGACGACUCGUUUCCCAGCGAGAUUGUCGCGCAUAAAGACCUCUUCGAGACCAUCAGCGAGGCGCACUAUCUGCCUGAGCUUGGAGGGCCACACGACGAGGCGCUACUCGAGUCUCUCGUCGAAAAGGGCUGCGAGGACAACCAGAUCCUCGGGCAAGCGUUGGACAAACUGGCGCAUCUCGUACACGGUUCCGGUGAUUACGUUGAUGAGGAGGGCGAAAUGUUGCUCAACGAUGCACCGGUUACUGACAUCAUGGACCGCCUCGAGCACUCCCUCGCCGCCGAAUCGCCGGGCCGUAGUAGCAUCACCGCGGCGCAAGGCUUACUCCACUUGCACCACAUAGGCGACCACAUGCCUCCGCAAGAGCACCGGCAAAUAGUUGAACAGACCUUUAUUUCUGAGGAGGCGUUCAAUUCUGAACAGCAAGCAGAAUGCUCUAUGGAAACACUCACCGCCAGCACGGAAAUUCAAGAAGCAAGUGACGUUAACCACAUAGGGUUUGACCAUGACGCCGAGAAGAGGCUAGAAAAUGAUGUCGUACCUAACGACACUAUGUAUACUGAACCUGUACCUGAUUCUAAUGAGACUUACAUUGAAAAAGCGUACGAAGAGCAAGAACCCCUUUUACCAGAACCCACUUAUCCGCACCAUAGCGAGCUUCACGUGCCAAGCGAAACGCCCGGAAACCAUAUUAACGAUGAUAUCAAUGAUCAUAUGGACGUAAAGAGCUUGACUGACGAACAACUGAGCAAUGACGAAGCGACGGCGCCGGACGCCGAUGUUAACAUGUCCUCUAGCUCCGGCAACUUUAUACGAACAAUCGAGCUGCCGGAGCUAGAGGACAUAUCGAGCAACGAGGAAAUGCCCACCGAUUUGAGUAUAAAGAGCAUGGAGAAGAAAACGAACCCAACGGUGGUCGCGAGCGACGCCGAAACGACGAACGCUUUAGAAGACAACAUGUCUGAGAAGAGCGACGAACAGCCAAAGGACUUGAGCGUGCACCGGCGGCUGCCCACUCCGCAUGCCUCGCCGAGGAGGACGGAUAUACCGCGCGCGCCCUCCCGAGAGUCCGACGCGAUGCAGUCGCCGCAACCGAGCGGCAUACCGGCCAUACCGUCGUCCCCCGAGAUCUUCACAAUGCCACUCACCAAGAGCAAACAGACGCUGUUCCUGGAGACGCUCCUGUCGUCGCCGUCGCCCAAAAUGUACACCUCGGAGGUGACCAUCACUAAGCAGCAAUGCGAGCCACUCAAUCUGGGCAAGCACAGGAAGUCGGCCAGCCCGACGGUGUCUAGUUGCUCAGACGAAAUGAGGAAGCUGCAAAAGGAAUACGGGGAGCCGCGCGAGAAGAGGAUCAAAAGGGAAAUGAUCGAGGAUCAUCAGGUCAGAAUAACCAAAGUGUUCAAUAAAUGCAGCGAGGAACAAAUACCUGACCUGACCAAGGCGAAAAGGCCCGAGAGGUCCGCACACAAAACCAUCGAGGAGACGACGCCGCUACGACAAUUGCACAUCCUCAAAACAAGCGCCGAAUACAACAUCCCAGACCCUCUGCUAGUUCCCAAAGAUAGACUCAAUGCUAUACUAGCCGCCCCGGGCAGGGAAAUACCAUUACUAUUAGUACAGAGGCCUGAAUUAAGGCUACCCGAGGCCUUCGCAUAUCCGAACAUUCUACAAGAUCCGGACAUCCUCGUCGUAUCUUUAUCGCAACUAGAAACGAUACUAGAGAACGACCAGAAAAAGUUGCCGUCGCCCAAGCCGAAAGAGGCCAAACUGGCGAUGGCGAAGAGUUUGGUGGCCGUAAACAGCUCCAGCUGUGAAAAGUCCAACACACCGCAACCGGAUCAAACGAAUCAUCCGAAGCCUAUACCGUCAAUGGACGCACUGGCGGGCGAUAUUGACGCCGCCACCUCCGCGGCCCUCAACCAAAUGCUGUGGCUGCCGUACCUCAGCCAGCUGGAGGCGAUGGCGGCGUGCUCUCAAAACAUGGACUUCCUGAAAGCUUUAAACUCGCCCGGAUACUCCGGGCCGAACUAUUCCGACCUAUCGCAAAUGUUCAACCCGUCCGCGCGAUUCAUGGGCCCGUCCGGAUUCCCCAUGGUGCCGCCGAUGGACUACGACAAUCGGAUGCAGUUCGCCAUGUGGCAGGAGGCGAUGAGUCAGGCGAACCCCUCGGCCGCGCAGAGGUCCAAGCCCUCCCUUGAGGCCCAAAUGAAGGAGCUCUCGAAAGCCGGCGACGUGCAGAACCCCUAUGUGCACUCUACGAAGAGCCACCAGAGUAAGAGCCACUCGUCCGCCCGAACCAGCCCAAUCGCCCAUAACUACAACAGCCAGCGGUCCGUUCCGCACAACCCGUUCCUGCAAGGCAUGUACCCCGGCAUGGCUCCGAGCGUGCGGCCCAACCUGCCGCUGCCCGGUUUGCAGAUACCGUACUUCAACCCAGGACUGGUCGGCAGCCAGAGGUCUCCGCGGACUGCGCAGCAGAAGAGCCCAUCUUCGCCUUACUACCCGAACAACAACUAUCUGCAGUCUGUGAAGCAGUCGGAGUUGCAGAGCCACUCGAGGAGCGCGUCCAGCUCCCAAGAGUCUCCGCGGCCGCGUAUCAGUGUGAAGUCGCUGCAGAACCUUCUGGAGCCGACGGCUGCCGCUGCGUCCGGCGUGGGCACCUCCAGAAGAUCUUCUACUUCUGCAGCGUUGGGCCGCAGGAGAGAAGAGCCCGAAGUCGGCAGCACGACGCCCCUGGGCGAGCCACCGCCACAUCUGCCACCGCAUCCGCACGACCCCUCAUCCUACCAUCUGUGGCACCCGCUAUUUGGCAAG